AUGCUGUCUCAGGCAAAAGGCCGACAAACAAGUGAUUUUCAUGAUUUUCAAGCAAUUAUUUUUUCGGGAUUUGGAAAUGGCUUGUAUCCUUUAACAGAGACAAACAAUCUUCCUAAAGCAUUGCUACCUCUUGCAAAUAAGCCAAUGAUAUGGUAUGUUUUAAAAUGGUGUGAAGAAGGUGGAUUUUUAAGUGUUAUAGUAAUUUGUCAAAUGGAGGUUGAAUUAUGUCUCUCGUCGUAUUUGAAAAAUGUUUAUGAUGGACAUAUUAAGAUUCAAGUGUACGCACCAAGUAGUGUUGAUGAAGCCUUGGGAACUGCAGAUGUUCUUAGAAAAGUUCAGGAUAAAAUAAAGAGUGAUUUUAUAGUAUUGAGUUGUGAUUUGGUUACUAAUCUUCCGCCACAUGAGAUUUUGGAUUUUCAUCGAAUUCAUUCACCGACUGUUACUUCUUUGCUGUAUGAUAUUUCAAAGAAUGAGAGUUUUGUUUUUUCUAAAGAUUCAGGAUGUGAAAAUAAAAAAGUAGGUCGUAAGAUGUUUUUUGGUAUUAGCAAGCCAGAUAAUGCGUUGGUAUGUGUAAAAUCAGCCGUUGAUGUUGACGAAGAAUUUGUAGUUCGAACAUCUAUGCUUUGGAAGUAUCCUCGAAUUUAUGUUACUUCUACUUUUAGAGAUUCCCAUCUUUAUAUUUUUAAGAGGUGGGUACUGGACCUUAUUGUUCAAAAUGAACGUAUAUCUUCUAUACAAGAAGAUUUAAUUCCAUUACUUGUUAAAUGUCAAUAUCAGUCUCUUUUAUUGAAACGACAUAAUAUUAAAGAAAUCAUUUUGCGUUAUACACAUACAUGUAGCUUUGUACUUGAUUCAACAAAUGAAAAGCUUGUUAGAGUAAUAACAUACUUGCUUCCUGAUAACCGAUAUUGCAUGCGUUCAAAUACUGUUGAGACAUAUACGGAUCUUAAUAGAAAUUUAUCUAAAAUAUCUACAGAAACACGAAUAUCUACAUCGGCAAAAGUGGCUCAAAAAGCUAUCAUUGGAAUUGAUUCUUUAGUUGGUGAGAAUACAAAGAUAGACGAGCGAUGCAAUGUAAAAAAAAGUGUUAUUGGUGCCAAUUGUAUUUUAGGGAAGUCUGUUACUGUAAUUAACAGUAUCGUCAUGGACAAUGUUAAAAUUGAAGAUGGUGUGAGGUUAGACGGUUGCAUAGUUUGCAUUAAUAGCAUUAUUGGUUCGAAAAGUAAAUUAAAAAACUGUUGUAUAAGUGGGGGUUAUGAAGUCCCUUCGGAAACAUGUGCUAAAAAUGAUAACUUAAUUAUCUUUGAUGGUAUAUAA